AUGUCCACCUGGCGCCCCGGCAAACGAGUCGCUAUAGCAGGCGGUGGACCCGGUGCUAUAUCCACCGCGCUGGCAUUCAUCAAGCGUGGCUACGACGUGCGGGUAUUUGAGCGACAAACCGAAUGCCGUGCUAUCGGAGGCGCGGUUCUCUUCUCUAUCCCCGUGCUUGCGAUUCUACGCUCUUACGGAAUCAGCCUCGAGAACUUCGGAUCCUAUACACGGAUGGGCAUCAAGGGUUGGCAAUAUGGUGUCUUGCGAUCAUCCGCUUUCCAGAAAAUGCUCGAUCUUGUUCCCGAGGGCGUCAUUUUCUGCAGUCACGAAGUGACGGGAUACGAGGAAGUCGAAGGUGAGGUGGAAGUCAAGUUCAAGGAUAGCAACAUCAAACCAAUAAAUGCCGAUAUCCUAAUCGCAGGAGAGGGUAUUCGGUCCGCCGUUUCGCGUCAGGCAUUUGGUGACCCACAGCUAUUCCGCACAGGCAUCCGGCUUUGGCUCGCGUGGUGUGAUCACAUCCCCGGGAUUCCUGCCAACACCGGUGUCAUCUCGCACGACUGGCAACACCAAGCGAGUUUCUUUCCUAUGUUGCAUGACGGCAAGCCGGGAUUCGAGUGGUGGGUUGUCGAGCCGGGGUGGGAAGGAAAGCCGCUUCCUGAGGAUCCCAAGGCCCACAUAGAGAAUAUUCUACAGGGCUGGUCGGAUCCCAUGCGGCAACUGGUGGAGGCCACUGAUUUCAAUACGCAAGUAUAUCGGUGGGACAUCUACAAUCGGCCAUCGAUGAAGAAGUGGUCUUCAGGAAGGAUUGUGGGUGUGGGAGAUGCGGUGCACCCUGUUUCGCCAUAUGCGGCGUACCGAAUGGGCAUGGCCAUCGAGGAUGGUUACUAUCUUGCCAAGGCGCUCGACGGAGUUGAUCUACGGGAUUUGAGGGCUGUCAACGCGGGCUUUGAGUUGUUCGAACGACAGCGUGUGGACUAUGUCAAUCAUCACAUGGAGUUUGCUAGGUUUUUGAGUUAUGUGUUCCAUAACUUGCCUUGGCCGUUGGCGAAGCUGAGAGACUUGGUGUUUGAUUAUACACCAUUUUUGAAGACAUUGCUGCAGAAGUCGUAUUCGAAAAAAUCGGAGGAUGAGACAAUGGAUCUGAAGGAGCUUCAUGUCGUAUAA